UUCUUUUCACACCACUCAUCUGCACACUUGCACUCGUGGACUGACCCCAGCAAUGGUUCUUGGAGCCGGGUUGAGGUGUCCAGCCUCCGUGCCAUGGAGCUCGCUGGCGUACGGUCUCCUGGGCCUGGUGCUCCUGUGGCAGGGCGGCCGGCUGCUGCACCGGCUGUGGUGGCGGCCGCGGCGGCUGGAGCUGGCGCUGCGCGCGCAGGGCCUCCGCGGCACGCGCUACCGCUUCCUCACCGGCGACCUCGGGGAGCACGGGCGGCUGAACAGGGAGGCCUGGGCGAGGCCGCUGCCGCUGCGGUGCCACGACAUCGCGCCGCGCGUCGCGCCGUUCCUCCACAGCAGCGUCAGGGAGCAUGGCAAGGCGUGCUUCUCAUGGUUCGGCCCGAUCCCCAAGGUGACCAUCGCCAACCCGGACCUGGCCAAGGACGUGCUGUCCAACAAAUUCGGUCACUUGGAGAAGCACAAGUUCCAGGGUCUGACGAAGCUGCUCUCCGACGGCGUCGCCAGCCACGAGGGCGAGAAGUGGGUUAAGCACAGGAGGAUCCUCAACCCGGCUUUCCAUCUCGAGAAGCUCAAGGUGAACCACACAACACAGAAGUACAGAACCACACAACACUGCACUAGUAAACUCUUGCUUCUUCUCUCUCUCUCUCUCUCUCUCUCUCUCUCUCUCUCUCUCUCUCUCUGCUGUUUUCUGUAUCUGAAUAUUGGAACGUGCGAGACUCUGCAGCGCAUGCUGCCGGCGUUUUCCACGUGCUGCGAAGAGCUGAUCAGCAGGUGGAUGGAGUCCCUUGGUUCUGAAGGCUCGUACGAGGUGGAUGUCUGGCCGGAGAUGCAGAGCCUGACCGGAGAUGUCAUUUCUCGCACCGCAUUCGGAAGCAGCUACCUUGAAGGGAGAAGGAUCUUCCAGCUGCAGGCAGAGCAAGCUGAGCGCCUCUUGAAAUGCGUUCAGAAGAUUAUUAUUCCGGGUUACAUGUCCUUACCUACUAAAAACAACCGGAAGAUGCAUCAAAUAAAGAAAGAGAUUGAUUCGAUUCUACGGGGUCUAAUUGGGAAAAGAAUGCAAGCUAUGAGAGAAGGUGAAAGCACCAAGGAUGAUCUACUGGGCCUGUUGCUCGAGUCAAACAUGAGACACACGGCAGAGCAUGGUCAGUCAAGCCAAGGGUUGACGAUCGAGGAGGUCAUCGAGGAAUGCAAGCUGUUCUACUUCGCAGGAAUGGAGACAACAUCAGUGCUACUCACAUGGACCAUGCUGCUGCUAAGCAUGCACCCAGAGUGGCAAGACCAUGCAAGGGAAGAAAUCCUAGGACUAUUUGGGAAAAACAAACCUGAAUACGAAGGUGACAAUGAUCCUCUACGAGGUUCUUCGGCUGUAUCCACCGGCCGUGACCUUGACUCGGCAAACAUAUAAGCAGAUUGAGAUUGGAGGCGUCACUUACCCCGCUGGCGUGAUCAUCGAGCUCCCCUUGCUGCUCAUCCACAGUGACCCAGACAUAUGGGGAAGUGAUGUGCACAAGUUUAAUCCAGAGAGGUUCGCUGAGGGGAUUUCCAAGGCAUCCAAGGAUCCAGGCGCGUUCCUACCAUUUAGUUGGGGCCCGAGAAUCUGUAUUGGCCAAAACUUCGCAUUGCUUGAGACCAAGAUGGCGUUGUGUAUGAUUCUUCAACACUUGGAGCUUGAGCUCGCUCUGUCAUACACUCAUGCACCACAAAGUAUAAUAACUUUGCGCCCUACGCAUGGUGCACAGAUUAAGCUUAGAGCUAUAUGAUAGUUUUUUUCUGGUAGUUGUAUGAUCGUUUCAGCAUGUAUUCAUUAUAGUACAACUAUUGUAUAUGAGUUGUGAUAUUUGUACCUUUGAAAUAAAACUAGAAGCUAUCUAUUAUAAA